AUGCUGGCUCCCCGAAGAACAACGAUCACGUACUUCUGUGCUGCUCUCUUUCUACUUAACCUCUUUUAUAUUUACUUGAAUUGGGAGCGCCAACCUGUCAUCUCGCUUGACGACCGGCGUUCCCAGCUGUGGCAGCAGCUUCAUCCCCUGCUUGAGGAAUUCAAGCCAGACUGUCCUCAACCAGCCCUGUAUGACAGCGCAGGCGCCCGACGGUUUGAUGCUGUAAACGAGGCCCCUCGCGAAAACUACGUCUCCAAUGUUGAUGAGAUUCAACUGCCCAUGCAAACUGCGCAUGAUGGCUUUGUGCAAGCUAUCCGUAAUUUAAAGGUCAAUCGUCCUUAUGUGCGCGGAACAACUGGCAUAGUGUCCUCUGCGGGGGGUGACUAUCUGCCUACCUUUUUGGUAUCCCUCUUGUUGCUGCGGCGGACUGGAUCAACUCUGCCGGUGGAGGUGUUUAUGAAGGAUCGGACGGAGUAUGAGCCUGAAAUAUGCGAGACUGUUUUACCCCGGCUGGGCGCAGAAUGCCUGGUGCUUUCAGAUAUUCUUGCGGUAGAGGAAGUUACAGACCAGGAAAAUUUGCUGAGUAUGCAAGCGAUAGAGGGCUUUCAGAUCAAGUCAUUUGCCAUGCUAUUCUCCUCGUUCGAAAGGUUCCUCUGGUUGGACGCGGACUGCGUUGCUCUUUAUGAUCCAGCUAUAAUACUCGACUCUGAACCUUUCACGUCUACUGGACUUGUUACGUGGCCUGAUUUUUGGGCUAAUUCCGCCGCUCCGGUAUACUUUGACAUCUCCAGACAAGCUGAACCUCUCUCUACUGCUCGACAAGCUACAGAAGCUGGAAUGCUGCUUGUUUCAAAAGAAACGCACCUUUCCACGCUGAUUCUCGCGGCUUAUUAUAAUUAUUACGGCCCGGACUAUUAUUACAUACUACUUGGCCAGGAUGCACCAGGUACGGGUGAUAAAGACACCUUCCUCCAUGCUGCAACUGCCUUGAACCAGACCUUUUAUGCGGUUAGUGAAACAGUAGUGGACAUAGGAAACCUUAUCCCUUGGGAUCCGGACGCUGCAGUUAACGCUGGUUAUAUCCAAGCCGAUCCAAUCCAGGACCAUGGGAAAUGGAGAGUCAAGGAUCCUUCGGUAUCCAGCCCACCCCGAGCCUUCUUCGUUCAUGCUGGAGACCCAGAAUUUAACCCAGGGAAGGAACUUCUGGGUGAAAAGUUAACGGGUUUCGACGGGGAACCUACUCGACUCUGGACAUAUCCUCCAGAGGCAAUGGAACGGCUAGGAUGGGACGCCGAGAAGGCAUUCUGGGAGGAGACGCUGACCGUGGUGUGCGAUAUGCAACCGGCUUUUGAAUCCUGGGAUUCUGAAGUCCGGCUCUGUGAACGGACAAAGGAGCAUUGGGAGGCCGUGUUUGAGAAUCCAGAUGCAAAGGUUCCGGAGUUUGCGGUGGCAGUUUCAAAUUAA